GUUACCUCAAGAACGUGAUGACGUGGCAGCCAUGUCAGCAAGAGGAGGGCCACGUGGUUCUCUCUAUGAGCUCAGAGAUCCGAGUGUCAUUGGAGGUCUACACUCUACCCUUCACUCUCCUCCCGCUUUCUGCUGUUGAGAAACCAGGGAACAA